AGGAGAACUCCACUGACUUUGCCUCAAGAAGAAGUCUCCUCCAAUUGGGGGGAAAUGUAGGAAAGCAACUCCCGUCGCUUCCACGUUUUCCCAAACCGAACCGGCGAAAUCCGACAAAGAACAGUUGAAUUUCCGCCCCACGAGCCUGUCUGAACCGCAAAACUGGCCAAAGAAUCUCUUCUUCUUCUUCUUCUUCCUUAAUCUCCACUCCAUCCCUUUUCAACUACCAAAAAAGUGGCACGUAAUCGAAGGGAAAGAAAACAACAGCCAAGCUGCUUCCAAAGAAGAAGAGCGCCCUUUUUCCCUUUCUUCGCAUGUCAGGGAGGGAUCACCGGCGACAUGCCGCGGCGGCCUCCGGCGGCCGGAGGAGGAGGCCGCCGCAGCCCUCGCCCCGCCGGGCUCACGCCGCUCGAAGGACUCCGUUCAAGCGGUCGGAGCCGGCGAGGAGGCUCCGGAGGUGCUAUUCCGAGCCCGCGUUGUGGAGCAGCGCGGAAGAUCUGGUCGGGGACGGCGGUGGCGGCCCCCCGGGGGAUCUGAGGCAGAGCGCGAGCUCGAAUGACGGGACUCUGUUCAGCCCCCUGAGCUGCACGGAUGUGCUCGCCUCGUCUUAUUCUUUGAUGGGUAGCGCUUCUCCCGGCAGAUUGGAGGGAUACAAUAAGGAAGCCAAGGUGGUGGUCAAUGUGACAAUCGAAGGGAGUCCGGGGCCUAUCAGGAUGAUGGCCAAAUUGGGUUCCAGUGUGGAGGACACAAUCAAGCUCGUUAUGAAGAAGUAUAAGGAAGAAGGGCGAAUGCCUAAGAUUGAUUGUGAUCAGUUGACCGGCUUCGAGCUGCACCAUUCCUAUUUCAGCCUUCAGAGUCUGGAUAAAUCAGAGCUUCUUGGGGACGUGGGCAGCCGAAGCUUUUAUCUGCGAAGAGCCGCUGCUGGUCUCAGUAACAACGGAUUCUCGGCUUCUUUUGUGUCCGAUAAAGCAGUACCAGUGAGGACCGUCUCUCCACCGAGCCCGCCUCCCAUGUUCUUGUUCACAACUUUCAUAGCUCGAAAGCUCGCGAAAAUCAUGAGGCGGGCUCAUAAGCUCUGGCGAAUCAUCAUCUGCUCACAACAAGACUAACCCUCGAUGUGCUUCCAGGGUCGGGCGGCAUAAAUUUUUUUGCCUCAUGCUGCUCUAACGGCUAUCGUUCAUUCGAUUCGACCUCUCGUAAUUCAGAGUUUUUACCAGCUCCUCAGAUGGUGUCCUCUGGUUCAACUUGCGAGCGAUGCCGUCUGGUUUGAGCGUUGAUUCAGCGUAUUGGGUAUAUACAUAACAAGGUGGAUGCAUUCAUUGCAUCGUAUAGCUAAAGCGUGUGAGAGUCCGCCGUAUUUAUUAUGAUGGUGGACGGGAGUGAAAUGGUGGGGCGGGUUUUGCAGGGACUAAGUUAGAUGAACUUCAAUGUAUUGUAUUAAUGUAUAUAAUGUCUUUUCACGAGAGAUGUGAAAAGAAAUAUUGGAAAAGGAGGAAACUUUAUAUUAUGCUCCUGAACCGAGGAAUUCUUUUUGUUA